AUGGCCAAUCCUCGGCCCCAGAAUGGGAAUUACUACACCCAAACGGAUCCGGCAAUGGACAAGUACCGCCCUGCAUGGGACACCCUCAAGGCAAACUCCUUUGUCAAUAAUCCCAGCCUCUCGGAUCGAGAUCGGAUCUAUCUCCGCAGCAUUCAAGGUACUUACAAGGUCAAGCUGGAACACUUGGCCGACCGUGGCCAUGGGUUCCAGAUGAUGCUGGUGUGGGAUUACGAUCGCAUUUGGGGAGUUUUCGAUUUUGGAUCCUACAAGGGAGUGCUCAUGGUUGACCACGGUCCCGACCGCGAGCCGCCCGAGUUUUCUCGUGAUGUCGACAGUGACGAAGAAGACGAGGCCGGGCCUGAUCCAAUCUAUUUCGACUUUACUUGGAGGGGAACGUCCAGCCACAUGCCCGACACAAUCAUCAACAACUCGCUCAUCACCAAGGGCAAGAUUGCGUUUGGCACCAGUGAGAUUUCUGGCUAUUUCGAGGGGCCGAUAGCUGAUGGCCGUCCAGAAGGGCGCUGCAACUUUCACGGUCAACCACCAUUUGGGCCACGGCGAGUUCCGCGCAAUCUUGAAUCAUUCAUUGACGACUGGAAUGAGUUGAACAUUUUUGAGGAGGAUGAGUCGUUUCGUCCGGAGCCAACGUCAUAA